GAGAAGUCUACAGAGAGAGGGUGUUUACCUGCAAAGGCUAUCUAGUAGUAAUUACUAACUAGCGAAACAGGAACUGAGGGAAGACGAUGUCGAUGUCGAUGUCAAUGUUGUAUAUGUGUCUCUUCACACUCACACUCGUCGUCGGAAUGUUAUCUAUGCUAUCUGAUGCCGUUGAUGACAAAUGUGCCGCCUGCAAAGCCGUCGCGGAGGAGCUAGAGAUUGGGCUUUCCACUGAGAGGCCACGAAAUCACUUGGAUAUGCGCCAUCGCUUAGACUCCAAAGGCCAGCGUGAAGGAAAGCUAAUCGAUUACAGAGUUAGCGAACUAAGAGUCGUUGAACUUCUUGAUGGCCUUUGCGAAAAGAUGCAAGAUUAUACACUCAAGAUAGAUACAAAUACCUAUGAAUGGUUCAAAGUGGAUAGCUGGGAUAACCUCACAACAAAUAAGCAAGAAGCUCGGGCAUAUUCAAAAGAUAUAUCUUCUUAUUGUGGAAGGUUACUUGAAGAAACAGAGGAUGAGUUUGCUGAAUUGAUCAAAAAAGGAUCUGUUAAAGUGGGAGGUGUGAGCAAAGUUCUUUGUCAAGAUUUGAGCAAGCAUUGCAGUCAAAUGAGUGUAUCAUAUGCCGCAGAGGUUGAUGACGAUGGACAUGAUGGAGAGCUCUAAAACCAUGGAUGUUAGGGUGGCUGAAAAUAUCAGCUUUUUGGGCAAUUAACUAUUGACAGAAUGGAUCCCAAAAUUGAUAGUAAUUAUUAAGGGUUGUGCCCAGCGCUCAAAAAUCUUGUUUUGCUUUGUAUUUUAUAAAUACUUAGUUUUUCCUAGUAAUUCAGAGAGAUAUUACGCGUCUACUGUUAAAUAAUAGAUACAUAGACAAGAUACCUCACCAGUGGACAAUUCAUCUAUGGGUUCUUUAACUUGUGUUUUAGUGGACCUUACGCUAUAUAGAACAUAAUGUUAGAACCUUCCAAUCUUAAAAUAACUCCUACAAUGGACUCCACAUCUUACAUUGUUUUUUCUUUUUUGCUGGUUCUGUAAUGCAAAAUAAUAUUUUAAUGUUAUA